UACACUCGAUUUUCUUGGCAAAUUUUUGGGAAAAAAAUAAUUAAAAUUAUUUUGAUAAAUUUUAAAACGCGGUAUUAGAUAAGGAAGAUUUUGUUGAAAAUUGGAAAUACAGUCCCGAGUCCGUUGUUUUUGGAAAUAAUUAAUGGUAAGCAGCCGUAGCUGUAACGUUAGUGCAGAUACUAUGAAGCUAAAUGUUUUGUAAAUUCUAGAUCAACGUCUGACUUGGAACUCUCGUUUGUGUUGUUGAGAGAUAUUGUCGAGUUUUCGCGUCAAGAACCACCCUUCGACGUAAUAUCGCAGAUUAUCAGUUGGACAGAUUUCGCAUUUCCGCUUAUUUCAAUUUCAAUUAUACGCACGUAUCAUUCCGAUCGAGUGUGUCUUUAAAAAUUCAACGAUGCGAGAAGUUUGAAUCUGUAUACGUAGAUCGAGUGCGGCGGGGCGAAUAACUCGAUUUCAAAAUGGAAAACUGGAGUGUGACGCCGGAAGAGAAAAAAGUAUUCGAGGGUCAAUUCCAUUCGUUGAAACCAGUCGACGGAAACAUCACCGGAGAAAAUGCCAAAGGUUUCUUCGUUCAGUCCGGUUUGGCGCCUAAUAUCUUGGCGUUUAUUUGGGAGUUGUCGGAUGUGACGCGAGAUGGGCAGUUGAACAUUAACGAAUUCACAGCGGCGUGUAAAUUGAUUCAAAUGAAGCUGAGAGGAUAUAACGUACCUCCGCAGUUACCACUUCCGCUAUUGAAUUUGGUCAAGGGUGAAGCAACGCCGCCAGUGCCGGUGCCAGUGCCUGUAUCUGCCAUCUCGCCGCCUCUUUCCGGACAUCAGUCGCCGCUGGUCGCCGCAAUACCUGCUAGUCAAUCUUUAAUCAACGGUAUACCGCCGAGUCAAGCUCCAUUAUUAAUGGGCGGCAUACCCGCACCAAUACCGGGGCCCGCUAGACCAAUUCCCGCCGCUGUUGGUAUGCCUUUAGGUGGCGUACCUAUGGCGUCGGCUGCUGUUGGAAUUCCACCGCCGCCGGCGAAUAUACCGCCGCCGAAUACGCUGCCGACGUCGCCGAUACUGAUUCCGGGGGCUGCAUCGCCGCCUUCUGGCGCUACGCAUCAAACGGUUCCAGGUUCAGCUGCCGAAACACCAGUGAGCUGUUCUCCUUCUUCCACGUACGAAUGGUCGGUGCCGUACAAUACGAAACUGAAAUAUACGCAAAUGUUCAAUCAAGCUGAUAGCUCCAGAAGCGGAUACCUGACCGGAGUACAAGCUCGCGGUAUCAUGGUUUUGACGCAGUUACCUAUUGAAAUGUUGGCCAAAAUUUGGACUCUGGCAGAUAUAGACGGAGACGGACAACUUACCUGCGAAGAAUUCGUGCUAGCCAUGUACCUUUGCGAUCAAGCGAAAGCCGGCAAAGAGAUAAAAUCGCCUUUGCCUCCGGAACUCAUGCCUCCGACAUUUGUGAAGAAAACUCGACAAAACAGCGUCUCAUCGACCGGUUCGGCGGAAAAUGCCAACGCCACCGUUACCUCGCCUCAAGCCAAUUUCGAGGACAAACGCAAAGAGAACUUUGAAAAAGGCCAAGCCGAGCUGGAACGUCGACGGUUGGCUUUGCUCGAAAUUCAACGCCAAGAAAAAGAAAAUCGCGAACGCAUCGAAAGAGAGGAAGCCGAAAGAAAAGAGAAGAUUAGACUAGAACAAGAAAAACGCCAACAAGAAGAAAUGGAAAAACAAUUGCAAAUACAAAGAGAAAUCGAACGUGAAAAGGAGAAAGAACGGCAGAAAGCUUUCGAGCAAAGGGAAGCGGCGAGAAAGGAAAUGGAAAAACAACGUUACUUGGAGUGGGAAAAGCAACGAAUACAAGAUUUGGAAAACCACUACAAAAAAGAACUGGAAUUUAUCAAUUCGAUGAGAGAACGAUACGCUAAUUUAAAUGCCGAAUACCAAUCUCUGAACGAUAAAGUGCGCGAACUUUCGCUACAAACUGGUGAAACGCGAAACGGCGUGAACGCGGUUAAAACCACCAUCGACGGUAUGCGAGCCAACAGAGAUACCUUAUUAAGCGACAUGACCUCGUUGAAAAAUCAGCUCAAAGAACAAAACCAAAGAUUGAUCACAUUGAAUCAAGAAAAAGCCAGUUUGGAGGCGAAAAAACAUUCCGCACAGUCGGCGGCCGAUAGUAAAACGCAAGAGCAGUUGAAAUUUGACGUUGUGAACCAGCAGAUCGUCGUCAAUCAGCUGCAAGAAGAGGUGAAAGAAGUCGAAGCGGAUCUCGAAUCGAGAAAAGUUGACUAUAACAAUAACGUUACCGAAUUGACGGAACUCAAAGGUAACACCGCCGAAAUGAUAAAAACCUGCGAAGCGCUUUAUUCCGAGUACUGCGAUAGGAAAGACAAAGUGCUGGAACUGAAAUCUUCAAAAUUGAAAGACGUCUCUUCUUGGGGCGAUGCCGCGUGGAACUCGAAUGACGCAUGGGGCUCUGAACCAGAAGCGGUUUCAGCGGUCAGUGCUUCGGCCGGCGUCGGCGGCGCCAAGAAAUAUCGAGCUCUGUACGAAUUUGUGGCCCGAAACGCGGACGAACUUUCAUUCCAACCUGGUGACAUUAUCACAGCAUCCGAAUCUCAAAGUGCCGAACCUGGUUGGUUAGCUGGCGAAUUACAGGGUAGAAGUGGCUGGUUCCCGGAAUCGUACGUUCAAAUUUUCGACGGCUCAGGCGGCGAGGACGGUGACACAGCGAAUAUUGAGCCAGUCGGCUAUACAAACGGUGAUCCAUCUCUCGAGGACAUCGCCGAAGUACCGGAAAAUAUAUCGGAUAAUGGAUCUGCGCUUGAAGAAGGAUUCGGACCGGCGGUCAGUGGCGAAGGUCCGGUCGACAAAGACGUCGGAACUGCUGUCAACGUUACCGCUCAAGCUCUGUACAGCUGGAAAGCUCGCAACGACAGUCAAAUAUCGUUCAAUAAAGGAGACAUGGUUCUCGUGUCUCGUCAACAAGAUAAUUGGUAUUACGGCGAUGUACAAGGUUUCGCCGGUUGGUUCCCAGUCUCGUAUGUUAAAGAAGUCGCCGCAACGACCGCUGCUGAAGAAAGCGAAGAAGAAUCUUAUUACACGGCCAUUUAUCCGUACCAGUCGACUGAACCGGAUGAUUUGUGUUUCGAACAAAACGACCUGAUUAAGGUCAUCAAGAAAGACGGAGAUUGGUGGACGGGUGUUUUGAAUGGUAGAACCGGAGUGUUCCCGUCAAAUUACGUUCAAAAAGCCGACUAUUCGGCACCGGCACCGGUAACGCAGCAGCGACAACCUCCUGCUCUAUCGCCUGUCACCGAUAAUAACGCUAGUCAAAUUCCACGUUGCGCUUCCGCACCUCCGACGCAAUUGGAAAAUCAAUACUCGGUGAUGAUGGAUCGAGCCAUGACUCCUGAUUUCUCUACUUUAUCCAGUUCAGAGGUGCCGAAAGGUAAGAAACCAGAACUCGCUACGGUUAUCGCUCCGUAUCAAGCUACCAGUAAAGAACAAUUAUCUCUGCAUCGCGGCCAGCUCAUAAUGGUUCGCAAGAAAACCGAUUCCGGCUGGUGGGAAGGAGAAACUCAUGUUAAAGGAAGAAAAAGACAAAUCGGAUGGUUUCCGGCAUCUUAUGUUAAAUCUAUCGGUGGCGGCAUGACCAGUCCCAGUAAAACGGACUUGUUCCGCAAACAAAGCGUGCAAAGCGUACAGAGCGAAAGUUCGUCGCCUGUUUUCGAGAAAGUUAUCGCACUAUAUAAAUAUACGGCCUUGAAUCCGGAUGAAUUGAGCUUCGAUAAGGAUGACGUUAUCAAGAUGAUCGCCAAAGAAGAGCCGGAUUGGUGGAAGGGCGAAUUAAAUGGCAAAGUCGGUCUGUUUCCGAGCAAUUACGUUCAGACUUUGUGAAGAACGUGAAAAGCAAGAACGUUAAGAUGCGAAUGAAAUGAGCUGAAACAUACGUACGUACUCGUAGAACGAAUCGAAACGAACCGCUGCCCUAUCAUCGUUACCAAUGUGUAUUACCCGACUACCCGUAUAAUGUGAACCGUUAGCUUGUCCGCCAUCGUCGUUCGUCGAGUAAACGCCGAUAUGAACGGAGAAAUCAAAAUAUUCGCUAGCUAUUUCACUGAUAUCACCUAUUCAUAGUAUGUACCUAGUACCUACGUAGUGCAUACAUACAAACUGUACUAGUAACAUUAUCGUAUGUCGUACACGCGUUAUUAGUAUACCUGCCUUACCUAUCGUGUACAUAUAAUUAAUUGUAAGACACGUUCGUAAUCGUAAAAUAAAUGCAUAUUUCAUCUGUGCGAGCCAGCGAACCAAAAGAAGAACAAACAGUUUCGAAAGGGACUCCUCGACGGAAUCGGUGACAAACUAGAUUGAAAUUACGCACCGGAACGAGAUGAUUGUUUUUCGCAGUCUCGCAUAGAAGAGAUAAGUAUUCAUUUUGCGUGACUCGUUUGCGAUUGAUUAUGAUAAUAUUCUGAUCGUUAUAAAUGUACCUAUAAGUAGUGGGUAUCUAAGCAAGUAAUCGCUCAUCUCUUCCUUCGCCUCCUUCCAUAAUAUGCUAUAUACUAUACAUUUAUGUGCUACGUACAUCUACAUUAUGUACAUUACGUACUAUAACCUAUUACUAACGAGUAUCCUCCUCCUCCCCCCCCCCCGCCAAUAUCGUAUCUACAUUUCGCUUACGUUUGCGUUCCUAUAUAGGCAGGAGCGUACUUAUUUAAGUUUACGUUCCUACAUUCCUAUUCCUACCUGCGUAUGGAAAUUUCUAAUCAUUUUCAAAAUAAUUAUUCGCACGAGUGUAUAUUACUUACCUAACCCUUAAGUGUAUGUAUGUCUGUAUGCAUGUGCAAAUAAUGGCACGCGUUUGUUUUCCUAUAUUUUAACGAAGGAAUUGAAAGCUUAUUCGCUAUUACCGGUAAGGGUAAAACGCGCCGAUAUCUCCUUUCUACUUUUUGUUUUCGUGUAUUUCUGUUUUCGUCGUUAUUUAAUUUUAUAUCGUGUAUUUCAUUAUAAUAAUUGUUAUACGAGGAUCGUCGUGCCAUCGUACUUGCGUAUUAUAGUGUCGUCGUCGUCGUCAUCAUCAUCAUUGUUGUUAUUAUUAUCAUUCUAUCUUUAUUUAUUUAUUUACUUAUAUAUUUUGCUUGAUGAAUUGACAAUUGACACCAACCAACGAGUAUAGAGGGUAGUACGAGUAGGAUUGUUGAACCUACAAUACCUACAUAGUUGUUUAUUAUUUGCUCGUCUCUGUCGGAAGUUUGUUUUCUCGCUUUUUUGACGGGGUACUUUCAGAAGGUCGUUUUUUUUUAGAAAAAACAAUUAUGUACAAAGACAAAAACAAAAAUAAAUGCACCUAUACAUAUUAUAAUAUGUCUACUAGUAAGAUGGAAUGCGCAUCAAAAGAACAAGUAAUGAAAGCUUCAUCUUUCAUUCGUACUCGUGAACUGUGCUGGUACAUGAAUCAAAUGCGUUUUCAACGACACAGAUUUGAGACUUGAAUUUAAUUACGUACGUAACGUAACUUAUGUGUAAGUAUGUAUGUGUACUUUGUAGGAUACCUGAUACCUCUACUUAUUAUUGUCAUUCCGUGAAAUUUAAUGUUCUUCGAAAUAUGUGCUAAUCCUCGUGCAUUGAGUCACUAAUUGUUAGUAUUACUAUUUAUUGUAUUUUAUCGUUCUCGUGUUUAUAUUUUAAAAAGUACCUACCUACCUAUCUAGUACGUAUACUUAAACUUAUUACAUUUUCAAAAUAUAAAAUUGCAUAAUUCGUUGUA